AUUAUUUCGAACUAUGAGUCAAGGAGUCCAAAACAGUGGAGUCUUUUAUGUAUCCAAUAAGACCUCUCCAGCAAGUGAGCUUAUUUUUGAGGAAUACUUGAAAAAGUGAAUGACAAGGACAACAGCCGUACCUUUUAAGCCAGGUAAAUCAAAGAAGGCUCCAAGAAUGAAGCAUUCACCCUUUGGAGAUUACCCAAAAGAGAAGAUGCCGAAAAAGGACACUGAGAUUGAACCACCAGCUCCGAUUGAGAAUUUUGCAGCCUCAAUUGCUAUUAAAGGAAACAACAUUCUAAAGAAAGGAAGUGGACUUGGAGGAAAGACUAGUUCUAAGAUGAAUAAGAAGAAGCAAAUUCAAUCAUUUGCUCCAAAGGCUGGAGCUAUAAAGAAAAGAAAGAUUCCAAUCAGUGAGUUUAGAAAAUACUAUGACAGAGGUGACCUUCCCAUCUUCAUCGACCACAUGGGCUCUGGUAACAGAAUUGACUGGAAAGAAGACAUCGCCACAUUAGACUUACAUCACUACUUGCCAGUUUUCUUCGAAGGAAUCAGAGAACUCAACGAUCCUUACAGGUUCUUGGCCAUCCAGGGGACCUACGACAUCCUCGACAAAGCCGGAGGCAAAGUGUUGUCAGUGAUUCCUCAGCUGAUCAUCCCAAUCAAGACUGCGCUGAACACCAGAGACCCCAACAUCAUCGCAGUGACUCUGAAGAUCAUCCAGAAGUUGGUCUUGUGCUCUGAGUCGAUUGGAGAGGCUCUGGUUCCGUACUACAGACAGAUUUUGCCGAUCUUCAACUUGUUCAAGAAUUACAACAGCAACACCGGAGAUAAGAUUGAUUAUGGCCAGAGAAAGAAGAACAACCUUGGAGAACUUAUCCAAGACACUCUUGAGCUUCUAGAGACUUAUGGAGGAGAGGAUGCUUUCAUCAAUAUCAAGUAUAUGAUCCCCACCUAUGAAAGUUGCGUCCUCACAUAAUUCAUGGCUGGAAUAAAGAGCAAUCAAUUUGAAUAAAAACAGUGG